AUGACCUCCAUUCCCGACAUGGGUGUGUGGACAGAAACGGAUGAAGCGUCAGGAAUAGAACCGGCAAAGCCUGCUGCUAAAGUGAUGGCUCCUAAUAGCCAGAAGAAUCCUCGACCAAAGACAAUAGACACUCAACGAGACACACAGCGACCAAAGACAAUAGACACUCAACGAGACACACAGCGACCAAAGACAAUAGACACUCAACGAGACACACAGCGACCAAAGACAAUAGACACUCAACGAGACACACAGCGACCAAAGACAAUAGACACUCAACGAUACACACAGCGACCAAAGACAAUAGACACUCAACGAGACACACAGCGACCAAAGACAAUAGACACUCAACGAGACAUACAGCGACCAAAGACAACAGUCACUCAACGAGACAUACAGCGACCAAAGACAAUAGACAGUCAACGAGACACACAGCGACCAAAGACAAUAGACACUCAACGAGACAUACAGCGACCAAAGACAACAAUCACUCAACGAGACACACAGCGACCAAAGACAAUAGACACUCAACGAGACACACAGCGACCAAAGACAAUAGACACUCAACGAGACACACAGCGGCACAAAGACAAUAGACACUCAACGAGACAUACAGCGACCAAAGACAAUAGACACUCAACGAGACACACAGCGACCAAAGACAAUAGACACUCAACGAGACACACAGCGGCACAAAGACAAUAG